AUGUAUUCUAUACAUUCUAAACAUAUCAUUUGGACUAAACCAAAGUCUAGGAACCGAAACCUCUCAUUCCGCUCGCGCAAAGAGCCUCCCCGACAGCGGUUUAGCAUCUCCACAUUCCGUGGGAUGCAAGCGCCGGAGCUCAGUCGCAAGAUGACCAAGCUGAUCAAGAGCGAGAACACUGCCAUCGGUGCCCACGAAGCUGCCGGUCGUGAGCGCACCUCGAUCGCUGCCCAGCUUUCUGACUGGGGCGAGUCGACUGAAGACGACAAUGUCUCCGACAUCUCCGACAAGCUCGGCGUGCUCCUGGCUGAGAUCGGCGAACAGGAAGACGGCUUUGCACAGAACCUCGAGGAUUACCGUGGUAUCCUGAAGCAGAUUCGUAACAUGGAGGCCUCGGUGCAGCCAUCGCGCGAGCAGCGCCAGAAGGUCACUGACGAGAUUGCCAAGCUCAAGUACAAGGACCCUUCGAGCCAGCGACUGGUUACGCUGGAGCAUGAGCUUGUCCGAGCUGAGGCUCAGAACCUGGUUGCUGAGGCGCAGCUGUCUAACAUCACUCGCCAAAAGCUGAAGCAGGCCUAUGAUAUCCACCUAGCGGCCGUUAUUGAGCGCGCCGAGAAGCAGACCAUUCUGGCUCGCCAUGCUCGUCGCCUGCUGAACUACAUUGACGACACUCCCGUUGUUCCUGGUGAUGCACGUCAGGCAUAUGACCAUGAGCCCUUGGCUCGCCAGAUCCUCGAGGAUGCCGAGAAUGAUCUCCGUCAAUGGGAACCUAGCGUUCAGCCUAUCACCACCGCCGCGGGCCGGGACUCUCCGGUUCACACCAACGGUGCCGGUGUCAAUGGAAUCGAUGAUGCAUCGGAGCGUCAGUCCGAUGUUCUCGAGAAUGUCUCUGUGGCUGAGGGUUUCACCGAACCAGUGGGUAGCGGUGCCCUGCCUGCGAAGAUGGUAGUUGAGCCUGCGCCUGCGUGA